AUGGGCCGUAAAAUCUCCAGGAAACAGUCUAUAACCGCAAUCGCCUUCGACACGACUGAGAAAAGACCGCGCACAUGGAGCGAGCGCCGCAAAAACAUACUCUCCUCGCUCGGCUACGGAGUCGCUGCAACUGCGAGCAGCGAUGAAGUGCCGCCUGACAAUAUCUUCGUACCAGUGCAGGCCGAUGCCAUCUUACCGCAAGUCCCGAUCAGCAAUCACCAUCCUGUGCCAAGGAAAGGUAUUGAGGACGACGACCUGCGCACUCUGCAUACCAAUAAGUUCUACGCCAAUGCCUUUCUCGGCGGGCAGAACCAGCCGAUCUGGACACAUCCUUACGCGCUGUGGUGGGGCAAGGGCACGCAGGAGUCAGGCAUGCUGCAGACAUGGGGCAUGAAUAUUGGGCAUGUUGAGGAUGUCGAUUUGCAGUAUGGGCCGGGAGAGCCCCCGAGGAUUCUUAACAAUCCUCGCAAGCAGUCACUCAUCCUCUCCGCGACUGAACUCGACGCGCAGACUACCUUGACCACCGACACACACCUGCCCUUCUCAGUCAACAUUAACCUGAAUGCACACUCCAAGAUCCAGGAGCCAAAGAUCACGUUUCCUGUCGUGCAAGGGAUGAGCUUUGUCACUGCUGGCUACAGGAACGCGACGCCCACGAUACAGACCGGCGGACGAGGCUUCAUCGAGUUCAGAAGAUCUACCAUGAUCGGUAGAACGGCAAAGUACCGAUUGAAGGACUUUGAUGGUAGGGACUGGCUCGCUUAUGUCAGUCCAGUGCCAGGUUUCGCGUACGAAGUUGGUAGUUUCGUCAAGAUCGACACGAACACGGUGCUCGGUCCAUCAGCCUUCCAAGGAACCAUCCAGGUGGCGAAGAAUCCAAUGGGGGCUAGAGGAGAAGCCAUCUAUGACAAGGCUGCUGGUGCUUUUGUCUGCGAAGCGAAGCUCACUGCAGUCGUUGACGAGAUGAGAGCCAUGUAUUCGUUCAGUUACACAAAAGUCGGGACUGCGCCUUUGCUCAUGUUUGCUCUGCCACAUCACAUCCAGUCUCUCGAUCCGGAGCUCAGGGGGCAAGUCACCGUACUACAGCUGCGCACCUCGACAAAAGGCAAGGCUACGGCUGUUUGGGCUGAGAACUUGACCUUCAUCGAAACGAACCUCCCUAUCACGAUGUCUUUCGGCCCCUGGAGCCCUACCAUGAGCGCAAACGCGAAGCUGCGCUAUCCUCGCGACGUUCUCGCCUUCAUUGGCUCGGUCGCAGAGCGCGAUCUACGGCGCGCCAUGACUGAAUCUAUACCACCAGACUCGUACUAUUAUGCUGGCAAGGCGCUCGCCAGGUUUGCGGUCAUUGUGUGGGUCAUCAAAGACGUGCUUGGCAAUAAUGCAGUUGCCGCUGCCGGCCUAGUAAAGCUCAAGCAGGAGAUGGCGAAGUAUGUGGAGAAUCAACAGCGGUAUCCUCUCUACUACGAUAACAGCUGGAAGGGACUCGUAUCUUAUGCUGGCUUCAGUGAUCUGGGUGCUGACUUUGGAAACACGUACUAUAAUGACCACCACAUCCACUUCAGUUACUUUGUGUUUACUGCGGCAAUUAUCGCAUAUCUAGAGCCGGUUUGGCUCAUGCAAGGUGACAACAAAGCGUGGACGAACAUGCUUGUGAAAGACUUCGCCGAGAGCGACUACAACGGCCGAGACUACCCGUUCUCACGCAGCUUUGACUGGUAG